UUCCUUCUUGCCGUGUUGACUUGCAUUGACAAGCUUCAGGAAAUGUUGCUGAGUGUUAAUGUUUGACAAGUAGGAAGAAGACACGGGCAGAUACGGCUUCAAUUCUCCGGCGCUGUGGAACGGUUGAGAGGUUCAGCUGACUGAGAAAGAUAGUCAGACACAAUGGAGGUGCUAGUGCUGAUUGACUUCGAGGGCACCAUGGGAGACGAGCUCACAAUUCGGAUGGGCGAUGUGGUGAAAAACGUCACCAAGGCCAGCGAGGACGGCUGGCUGGAGGGCGAUCUGAAGGGGAAGCGCGGCAUCUUCCCGGCCAGCUUUAUCAAGGAGGUGCCGGUGUAUUUGACAGGGAACAGCAAGAGGGAACCGCGAAGCAUCCGAACAACCAAGAGGAUGAAACAAGUGAGGACAUGUGAGGUGGUGUUCCCCUACAACCCCAUGAAUGAUGACGAGCUGCAGCUGGUCGUCGGGGAGACGGUAGAAAUCCUCAGCGAGAUUGAAGAUGGGUGGUGGAUGGGAAUUAAGAAUGGUCGAGUGGGGGCGUUUCCAUCCAACUUUGUACAAGAAAUCUUUGUCAGCCCGAAAGAUGGCAAACACAAUGACAGCAAGGCCAGACCAAAACUCAGUGAUGCCAUUUUCAGUAAAGAGGCAUCUCAACGAGCAACUGUACGCAGCAAAGCAAAAAACGUGGUGGAGUGUUGCCAAGUCAUGUUUGACUACAAUGCCAAAGCGGAAGACGAGCUGGAUCUGAAGACUGGAGACGUUGUCGUCAUACUGAGAAAGGAAACAGAAGAUGAUGGCUGGUGGGAGGGCGAGCUGAACGGACGCUGUGGGUUCUUCCCUGAUAACUUCGUCAUGGUGAUACCACCAAUGGACAGUCUGAAGGCUGGCAACAAGAGUCUACCACCUGCACGCAACAUCACCAAGGCAGUCUCAGCAACAGAAGAGGGCCCAGCCAUGGACAAAGGUGUUCCAACAAAGGCAAAAGAUGACAAAAACGAGCUUAAGGACAUGCGAAGCCACCCUCCAACCAAAGUCAAGCUUCCAAGCAUCAACAAACUCAGCCCACCUGCAAUCAAAGACAAGCCUGCUAAGCUUUCAUCAAAAGCCAACGGUGAUGCAGCUCCAACGUCACCAAAAGCCCCUGAGCAGAAAGACGCCAACAAUUUUGAUGGCGUUGACAUGGACAGCGACAAGUUGAACCAUCCGACGGUGAACCGAGCCAAACCUCCCCAGAGGAGACCCCCAUCGGGCGCGGUGAUCGGAGCACAAACACCGAACGACUCUGAGCCAGAGCCGAGCAAAAAAGUCCAGAAUGACAAACUGCCUGGCUUGCAAAAGGGUGCAGAGCAUCUCAAGCCCUUACCGGCUAAGCUGGAUCACCGGCCCAAGACGCCGCCUCCAGUUCGACCAUCGCCGCCACGUGUGGUGGUGGAUGGUCGAAAGGUGGCCCACAAAGACGAGGUGACGCUGGAAAGCCUGCAGGCUGACAUCAAGGAUCUGCGGAUGGCGCUGGAGCUCCUACGGACACGGCAUGAACACGACAUGCGGGAAGUGAAAGAAGAACUGGGGGAGGAGAGAACCAAACGACUGGCAUUGCAGGAAGAAGUGCAAAUGUUGAGGUUGAAACAUUAAAUCUGGAAGCCUGGACUGCAACAUUAAAACAAGUUCUAAUUCUGUUGGCACACAAAUAAGGGCUACAUUAAAAAGGACUCCUUCAACUUUUUAGAAAUAUGUUCUGAAUGCUGGAAAAGGUUGGAUUAUUAGUGUCUGUGCUGUAUAUAUUACUUUUCAUUCUUCUGUUGUUUAGUUAUUAAAAAUACUUAUCUCCGUUGUUUAACAUUUAGUUCAUGCAAGCCUCGGCAGAAUAUUAUGCAUUAUAUAGAAAGAAGAGUAAACAAUGUCUUUUGAAGAAGUUUUUUUUUAAUAUAUACAGACUUCCACUUGUAUUGCGCUUGUCUACCUUUAAGGUAGUGAUGUGUCGGUCGCGAACAAGUUGGCUGUAAGAGCUGGCUCAAUGAAAUGAACGACAGGAGCCGGUUCAUGUCGCUGGGCGCUGAUUAGUUUUUUCCUCGUCUUCUUUUCUGCUAAGAGCAAAUGUCAUUGGUCAAGAUGUGUGGUGGCAUCGCUGUGUCCACACUGAGCAGGGAGAGGGACGGGGUUAAACACGCUGUGGUUCUCUGAGAGCCGAUUCGUUCGUGACAAAUUAGCAUGAAGACGUAUUUGACCUAAUUUGUCUAUAGAGAUGGGUCUUUGUUUUUAUAACAUAACAUUAUAUUAUAAUAUAUUUUUGUAGGUGUUCAUUGAGGUUCAAAUAAAUCCAUUUAAAUAAUAAACAUUUGAUAUUAUGUUUUUUUUUACAUUAGUAAUUUUCACAUUGGUAAAUUUUACACACUACACAUAAUUUGGUAAUAAAUUAAUUUAAGACAACAAAAAAAUCUGAGGAGCCACUUUGGAGACAAAACAGCUGGUCUCUCUUUUUAGUGAGCCGAUCCAAAAGAACCGUCUCUCUAUGAGGAAAUUUCCAACACUACUUUAAGGUACUCAAAGCGCUU